GUCUGUCAAAGCUUUCGCUCUCUAAUUACCCAAGCAAUAGAAGCCAGGGACGGGGAGGCGACCAGCAGACAUAUUCUGUGAAAACAAAAGCGAGCUGGAAAUGGAAACUGUUCAAAUAGCUGAUCUAGAACCCCUCUGCUUUGAUCAAGAGGACAGUCGGUCAGAUCCCACAAAAAGCCUCCCAUGGGCUUCAAACUACCAACACAUCAAUAAAAAGUCACUUUCCAACGAGCAUCGUUGCGAGUCGGGGAAUUGGAAGAUCGCCUGCGCGGAUUCAGGACCAUGGCCAACUGCCCCGGGAGACGGGCAGCCCGGCGCAAUCAGCCAGCGGGGAGCAGAAGCUGAGAGAACCGUAUGUUGCCUAGAGGAAUUGGAGACAUCUUUCACACGCAAAUACGAGGAUGUCAAUUUACAACAGGAGGAGACCAGUCCGCAGCGGUUAGCGAGGAUCAACAACGGAAGCCUGAGUCACAGCUCCUUCAGCGAACUCCACGGCAGUGUCCCGGAACUGUCCAUGUUGUCAGACAAUGAGUUUACAUCCGAAGCCUUGGGGAAAUCAGCGGAUUACGGUUUCAUAAGUGCUGUCACUUGCCUGGUGACUGGCAUCUCGUUAGUAGCCAUCUCCUACACUGUUCCCCGGGAAGUUAAAGUGAACCCGGACAGUGUGUCGGCCCGGGAGAUGGAGAGACUGGAGAGGGAGAACGCCCUGGUAGGGGUUCACCUGGACCGGUGGGUUAUAGCAGGGCUGUGCCUGCUCACCCUCGGGGGUGUGGUCCUCUCCACCCUGCUCAUGGUGUCUAUGUGGAAAGGGGAGAUGUUGAGGAGAAGGGCCUUCACCUACUCCAAGCAGUCUGCACAAUUAUAUGGCUCUGUCAAUUUAAGAGGGGGCUCAAACCCACCUAAUGUUCCCUCCCAAUUGUCUGUGGAAGAUUUGGAAGAGGUCCUAAAUUGACAAUUAUGUACAAUUGUAAAGACACGGACUCAUCUCUAUCACAGAAAGUCCCUCUGCAACUCUUACCAAUGGUGUCUUCAAGAUAAUGCUGCUUCGAUUUGUGCAUUUCAUUCAUGUAGCCUACUGGGAAUAUUCCAUUAACCAUGUAGAAUGAUCCUUGCCUAAAAUGGAUGGGAAUUAUUUGAAAUAUUGACUGAAUUUAUCCUCAGACAUAAGUUUGUGUUGUGCAGAACAUACCAUCUUAUUAGCAUGACGUUCAUCAUUUUGUCAAAGCAAUGGUUUAUUCUGUGUGUAUAUAGUGUCUAAUAGUUUAAAUGGGAUAUCAUGUUGAGUCAGAUUUAAAAGACAAUUGCAUGAUCAACACUAGAAAUACAAAACACACAUUGUGUCCAUAUUUGUUUUUUUGCAACGCAUACGAAAUUAAAAUACUUAGCUKAGACAAAUAAUAAUACAAGGGUUAUGUUUGUGAGUAGCUCAGUAAAUACUCAAUACACUAGGAUAUUGGACAGCAGAUAUUCAAAAACACGAAUGAUACACGACACACACACACGCCUUAGGAGGGUUAGCCGGGUUAAGGUGCUCUGAACAAACUGUUGUCGGUGUCCAAAAUUGCACCCUAUUCCUUAUUUAGUACACUACUUUUGACCUACUUUUUGAUCCUAGGGAAUCAGGUGCCAUCUGGGACGCAACCAUUGUGUCCCUUGCUGAUGGUGAGCAUAAUGCUGUGCAGUGCAGGUUCAGUAAUAGAAUGUUUACAGUAUGCAGGAUCAGAUUAUACUCACCAGCCUUUGCAAGCAAGUAGCACUAACCAUUGCCAAGAUGCACUUAUUUUACCUCUUAGCGCCGUAAUUUAAUGUAUGACUUGCCUGUCUAUGUAUUACCUAAAUGUUAAGUGGACUUGUAAUCCAUCCUCAUUUAGUGUUGUUCACUGAGGGUAUAAGUAGGGGUGCUCUACAUGUGAGUGGAUAUAGAUGUAUAUUGUGUCAUUUAAGCAAAGCUGAAAAGGCUUCAAAGGUAGGCUAUUUAUUUUAAAUACACAGAUCUUAGUCAUAUCUUGAGUGGGGGCUGGGCACUACAGCUGACAACCACCCACUGGUCUUUCUCUCACUCACUCGCUCACUCACUCACCCACUCGCUCACCCACUCACUCACCCACUCUCACACACACACACACGCAAGCCCCCCUCCCCUGAACAGAGUCACUGAGUAAUCUGUCAGGCCAGCUGGCAGCAGGAAAUGGAAUUGGAGUGCUGCAGGGGUCACAUGGGGUCAAGAGCUGGGGUGUGGCAGCUGUGGCCCCUGGGGAUCAGGAUGUAAAGACACAUGCAUGCGGUGGUAAUGGAUUCGGCUCAAAUGGCACCAUAUUCACUAUGGGCCCUGGUCAAAAGUAGUGCACUAUAUAGGAAGUAGGGUCAGGGUGCAAUUUUGAGACAUAGCCAAUGUCUCUUAUCCGAUGUGGCAUCCAGUUAUCAUCAGCUGUCAUAGCAUGUGAAGGGAAAGUGUUCAAAACAUAUUUUUGCUUAAUGAGUUGGCAGUGAGGUCAUUCCUGCAAUUUAAAAAUUCCUUUCUGGAUUCCUAACUUUAGUUAAUAGCUUAUUCGAUAACGAUUCUCAUUACCCAGAGUUUGUUGCAUAGCAACGACAGGCCGAGUAAAGGAAGACUAGGGAAGAAGUGACAAAGGAGAUGUUCUUACUGAGACAAGGGAGACGUGUGAAUAUAGCACCGAAUGUAUAGCCAUAUCUUAUUGAUUGAUUGAAUGUAUGAAGUAGUAGGCAGCUCCAGCCAGAGAUAACAUUACACACAUUACAAUGUAUCAAGGAUAAAAACACAAUAAAGCCCAAAAUAAUGUCUUAUCUCCAUUGUGUUCUCUGGUUAAUGUGGUUAAAGGGGACUACA